AAUCUGGAAUGUACUGUACAGUAAUGCAACCAGAAAGUCCGGUGGAUUAGCACGGUCCAGCGGUCCAGCCUCGUCCGCUAAUCAGCGAUUUGUAAACUGAUUUGGCAGGCGCUAUUCUAGAUUCCCAGUGUGUUCCAUGUCCCUAUUUUCCCCCCUCAUGGCGUCACCGAGAGCCCUUGUACUACUAUCACCACCACUACCAAUGUUACAAACCCCGAGUCGACGACUUACGAUAAAUAGAGUCCUUCCCCGCGUCGUAUCCUAUACCCAACAUCAUCAACAUCGUCCUUACACUUAUAAAUCGCACACCUUCACUACCUCAACAACUCCCAUCUAUUCGCCCAACCUGUCGUUCCUACGUAGACUGUUUUCCGCGAGCCCAGCUCAACUAGAAAUGGCAGCAGCAGCAAAGACCAAGGUGCAGGCCAUCAUCGACGAGAACCCUGUGGCCGUCUUCAGCAAGUCAUACUGCCCAUACUGCAAGGCUACCAAGGCGCUCUUGAACGAGAAGGGCGCCAAGUUCUACUCGAUUGAACUUGACCAAGUCGAGGAUGGAUCUGCUAUCCAGGCUGCCCUCGGUGAGAUGACCGGCCAGACCUCGGUCCCAAACAUCUUCAUCAACAAGAAGCACAUCGGAGGAAACAGCGACCUGCAAGAGAAGAAGUCGCAGCUGACAAACCUCCUGAAGGAAGCUGGAGCUCUCUGAGCGUAUUUGGAAGGCUCAGAUACUGGCACAUGACAGCCUGAGAGAGGGCGCAGUGCUCACAACGGACAGAGGUGCAUGCACAAAUUGUAGACUUAGAGAACUUGGUUAUAGAGAGUGGGA